AUGCUCAUCCGUCUCUGCCCGGCUACCCGUCUCUGCCCGCCUCACUCGUCUUUGCCCGGCUCACCCGUCUCUGCCCGCCACAACCGUCUUUGCCCGGCUCCCCCGUCUCUGCCCGCCUCACCCGUCUCUGGACGGUUCACCAGUCUCUGCCCGGCUCACCCGUCUCUGCCCGCCUCACCUGCCUCUGCCCGGCUCACCCGUCUCUGCCCGGCUCAACCGUCUCUGCCCGCCUCACCCGUUUCCGCCCGGUUCAACCGUCUCUGCCCGGCUCACCCGUCUCUGCCCGGCUCACCCGUCUCUGCCCGGCUCACCCGUCUCUACCCGGCUCACCCGUCUCUGCCUGGCUCACCCGUCUCAGCCAAAACGUCUUUCAUGAGAUCAGCGUGA